AUGUCAGACACAAAAGGAGUCUCCGAUGAUCCAAUGGAGAAUGAGACGAGCUCGGUUGAUGGUGUUAAAGAGGCAGAGGAGAAAGACAAGGAUAAUACCGAAAAAAUGGACGUAGAUGAGGAGCCAGAUGAGCAGAAGUCAGCGUCUCAGGAAACCAUGGAAACCGCGGAGGCUAGUGAGGAAAAGAGAGAAGACCUCGAGAAGCCGGUAGCAGAAGUGAAAGACGAUGAUUCAAGCUCCGAAACGAAGGAAGAUGAACCGUCAGAGGAUGAUCCGGAGCUCGCUGAUGCUAAAGAAGACGAAGAUUCAGCUAAAGACAUGGAACAGGAUGAUCCGAGUGAGGAAAAUACUGAAAAAGAAGAGAAGACAGCAGGAAACAAAGGAAAAGCAGUCAACGGCCAGCUGAAAAGAAGGAAUGAAAAAAGUCCAAAAAGGAUUCCAAAGGUGGAUGGAAAAGAAAACAAAGAGGAUGAGCAGCUGACUAGAAGAGAACAUAUUCUCGACCAUCUAGAUUUCAAAAGAGAUGCCUCGAAUCGGGUAAAACUCUACGUACUUUGCGAUCAGAGAAUUUGGGAGGAUCGGGGCACAGGACACGUUGUCACUCAUCAGUUAACAGCAGAAGAUGGCGCUCCAUCUAACGCCGGUAACACGAUGGUUCUUGUACGUUUGGAAGGCAAAAGUGAGCCUAUACAUAUCACGAAAUGUAUUUUAAAUAAGCAAAUUGUAGGUAAAAACAUACUUGAGUCACGGAUUCUCAUGGACACUGUAUAUCAGAAGCAGCAGGAGACCCUCAUAGUAUGGUCAGAAACUGAUUGCAUGGAUCUCGCCCUGUCGUUCCAAGAGAAAUCGGGAUGUGAAGAGCUGUGGCAGAAGAUCUGCGAAGUCCAAGGGAGAGAUCCUGGAGAUCCGGAUGCCACCUUCGACGACGGCGAUGACAGCGAUAUCGGAGAGAUGUCCUCGUCUUCUAGUCGUUUACAACUGCCGCCAAUCGAAAUAGGAAGGCUCAGUGAGCUCGACGCCAUUCUUCAUAUGCAUUUAGCCUCAAAUAGUGCUCGAGAGAAAAUGACGAUGGCUAUUGAGAGUGACAACGUCGUCACCAAGCUGUGCGAGGUUUUCCGCAUGUGCGAAGAUAUUGAGCACACCGAAGGACUUCGAACAUUCUACUCGAUUGUCAAAAACUUGUUCAUGCUCAAUCGAAACACUGUUAUCGAAAUGCUCCUGGAUGACUCCAACAUUAAAGACGUUAUUGGAAUGUUUGAAUUCGAUCCAGCUUAUAAGAAUCCACGCAAGCACCGGGAAUUCGUCUACGAGAAAGCCAAGUUCCGCGAGGUUUUGAACAUCACUAGUGACGAGUUGAGGGACAAGAUUCAUCGACUCUACCGUGCUCAAUACAUUCAGGACGCCUGUCUACCGAGCUUGGGUCUUUUCGAAGAGAAUCUUCUUUCUACUCUUGGAAGUCAUGUGUUUUUCUGUCGGGUUGACAUUGUAUCAAUGUUGCAAAAGGACAAAAAGGCAAUGGCCGAGUUGUUUGGGCAGCUGAAAAGCGAUGAGACGGAAGUUAUUCGUCGUCGCGACUUGGUUCUGUUCCUGAAGGAGAUGAUUUGCUUAAGCACCAGCAUCCCAGCUAACGGGCCUGCUGCUACGAAAGAAACAUUCUUCAAAGUGUUGCAGCUGCAAAGUAUGUUCAAUAACGACAUACUCGAUUCGCUAGAACCCUCGUUCAAGUCGCCGGAUCACGAGACGAGAUGCGUUAUGACUGAUGUGCUCAGAACAAUGGUCGACAGCAAUGCGCAAACGAUUCGUGAUUAUCUGCUCAAGCAAGCCAAGAACAAGGAUAGAAACGAGGAUGUGCUUCUGAACAGAAUGAUCAACCAUCUGCUCACUGAUAUCGAUGUACAUUUGACUUCUGGAUCAGAGAUGAUUUUGAUCUUGAAAACCCUCCUGGACCCUGAGAACAUGACAAGUGUGAAGUCCGAGAGAAGUGAAUUUUUGCAUCUCUUCUACCAUCGUUGCUUUGAUACUCUGCUGAAGCCAAUGCUCGAGAACGUCAGUGGAGGUGUCAUCAAGAAGGACGACUACAUAAUUGCCAACCGACAAUCAGUCGUUCUCCGCCUUCUCACCUUCUGUGUCGAACAUCACUCAUUUUCUAUGCGUCAGAGAUGUGUAUCAAACGAUAUGAUGAACAAAGUGCUCGUGCUCCUCAAGUCAAAACACUCUUUCCUCGUUCUGUCUGCUCUCAAACUCCUCCAACGUGUGGUCACUGUUAAAGACGACAAAUACAUAAGAUACCUGGUCAAGGAGAAAGUCCUCGAUCCAGUCAUGGAGUGCUUCCGCAAGAACGGUAAUCGCUAUAACAUUGUCAACUCUGCCGUGUUGCACCUGUUCGAUUUUGUAAAAUGCGAAGACGUUCGACCGCUCAUCAAGUAUGUCGUCGAGAAUCAUAUGGAAGUGAUUGAGUCAGUCAACUACGUGAAGACGUUCAAAGAAAUCAAAAUUCGCUACGAUCAGCAUCGUGACCGUGAGGAAACGAUGAGCAUUCGUUCAGAAGACAACUUGUCGUUGGCGAGCCCCAGAAGUUCUCGCAGAGAUCGCAAUGAAGAUCAAUGGUUCGAUGAAGAUGAAGAGUUGGAAGUUGGAUCAAUGAUGGAGUCCAUCGAGAAAGACUCGGUAUCCGUAUCACCCAAGAAGGAAGAGUCUGGACAAGGAAGGAAGACUGGAAUCGAGCCAAUGUUCCCAUCUCUAUUGAAACGUAAAAAUGCGUUCGAUGAAGAUGAGGCACCCGUAUUUGGUGGUGGAUCAGCAGCCGUUAUUAAUAAUGCAGAGAAAAAGAUUGUAAUUAAGGUAGGUGCAAAUCACAAUGACGUUCUAGAAACAAUUCUAAGAAAGCCUUUCAGUUGCUCAUCUCCAGGACCAUCUAGAGAAGAUGAAGUGACAUCGUCUCAGAAUAACAAGGAAAGCAGUCCAACUUCAACAGUCAAAGUAAGAUUAUAUCAAAAGUUGUGUUUUAUGAAAAAUUCAUCAUUUCAGUCUCUCGUGGACUAUGACGAAUCCGAUUCUGACGAGGAGUUGCCCUCGCCAGAUGCCAUUCCAUCGUCGUCUACUGGAAGUCCGGAAAGCGACAAGGAGGCUGAUGCUAAAGACGGAAAGAAAAUAGAUUCACCUGAAUAUAACGAUGUUUCGUCCACUAGCAGCGAGGAGAAGUUCGACUCACUUCCAAAUGGAGCACAUGUUACUAAUGAGAACGGUGGAGAGAGUACUGUGUCACAGGAGAUCAGUCGCAAGCGAACCAGUGAUGGAUGUGAUCCGAAUGAUGCGAAGAGAAGUAGAACCGAAGAUGCAGAUCUGGCUGCCAAUGAGACAGCGUCUGAAGCCUAA